AUGAGACAGGAGUGGAUCUCGGAAGGCAGAUCGGAGGACGAGGAGUCAAUGGCCUCGGUCACCUCGAGGGGCAAAAAGAGGAAGAUAACAAAAGUGACUCCAGAGGUGUCGGACCGAUUGAGGAACGUCAUCCAAGAGUCCUCACCGAGAGACGUGGACGUCGAAGUACGGCGACAUCAGGCCGAGGUCCUGAGGGUGGCGGCGACGUCCUCCAACCUCAAGGGGACGUACGUCAAAACCCUCAAGGAGGCAGUCGAGUACACCGUCGCGGCAUGGUCCCAUCAAACAACCACCUCCCGGGUGCCAGACUUCCUGGAAGAAAGGAAGAAGAGGGAGGCAUUGGAAAGAGAGGUGGAAGGCCUAAAGAGGGGGAACGAGGAACUGGAAAGAAGAAUAAACAGGUUCCUGAAAGGAACGGCCGGGACAGCGGCGCCGUCCCCGACGGAGGCGCAGGCUCCCCGGAGCAGCGGGAGGGCCAAGGAGGACGUCAGGUCGGAGAUAGAGACGCUGAAGAAGUCGAUAUGCAGCCUCGGCCCAUCCCUGUUGGGGACCCUGAGGGAAGAGCUCAGGGAAGCCCUCAGGGAAACGGGCCUGCCGAGACAAACGACAGGAGGGAGCAUCAGCGGCAACAAAGAUCGGACGACGAUGCAGCAGACGGCGUGCCCGAAGCCUCCCCAACAACCCCCGCAACCCUCCCAACCCUCUCAACGGCGAGCGGGACAGGGACAGGAGACGGACGGGGAAUGGAGGACCGUGGUCUCGCGGAAGGCGAGACAGAAGGUGAAAAGGAAGGCCAGGGAACAGAGGAGGAAAGAAGCGGGCUACGGUGCCCCCCUCCCCAUCGCGCCCCAAACAAACAGGGCGGGAUCGGUGGUGGGACCAGCCGGGCAACCGCCAAGGACGACCCCCGCCACAUUAGGUGGAGGGGAAAGGAGGAAACAAAGAAACGGAGAGAAGGCAGGAGCCCAACCGGCGAAGCGGACGUACGCGACGGUGGCGGGCAGGGCAGGAUCGGCGGUCGUGCGGCCAGCACUCCCCCCCCCAACGUCAUCGGCGGUAACGCUCACGCUGAGGGACGGGGCUCCGAAAACGUACGAGGAGAUCCUGGCGGAGGCGAGACGGGACAAGACCCUCCAGAAGUGCGGACUGGAGUACAUCCAAACGAGAAAGGCGGCGACCGGGGCCAUGGUGAUCAAUAUCCUGGACGACGCCGGCAUGAGCAAGGCCACGCAGUUGGCGUCGCGAUUAGCGGGGGUAUUAGACCCCUCCACCGUCAGAGUAUCAGUCCCGGUACCGACGGCCGAGAUCAAACUGGUGGGGGUCGACAUAUCCCUGAACGAAGAGGAACUGCUGGAAGAGCUGUCCAGGGCGGCGGACUGCCAGCCCCGCGACGUCAAAGCGUGGAACGCGGGAACAUCCAGAAGCGGCAUGGGGAUAUUUUACGCCAAGUGUCCCGUGGCCGGAGCCCGUAAACUGGCUCAAGCGGGGAAGGUCACACUGGGGUGGACCAGGGCAAAGGUGAUCGCACUCCCCAGGAGACCGCUCCAGUGUUACCGAUGCUUGGAGGUGGGCCACAUGGCGGCGAUGUGCGUCUCUCCGGUGAGAAGAACCCACCUGUGCUUCCGGUGCGGAGAAGAGGGGCACAGGGCGAGGAAUUGCACGGCCGCAUCGCCGAGAUGCCCCAUCUGCGAGGCAAAAGGAGCCCCGUCCAAACACAGGAUGGGAAGCGCGGCGUGCAAACCACCGGAGGUAGGACCAUCGGGAAGGAGAAGGGCGCGGAGAUCGGCGAUGGCCAAGGCAGCAGAGGCCACGGCGACAACCACGAUCAAGGGCGUCACCGGAGCCGCGGAGCAGGCCAGCCUGUCGGGCAACCCACCAGUCGGAGGAAAGGAUAGCACCAUCGGAGUGAGUGGCCCGGGGGAGGCCACGGAGGUGACACCGAGUAAAUUCCGGGUCCUCCAGUGUAACUUGGGCAGAGCCGGAAGGGCUCAGGACCUGCUCCACCAGUCCAUCCGGGAAAGCAAGACCGACGUGGCGGUGGUGGCGGAGCCGUACAACAUCCCCGCAUCCCCCCAAUGGGCGGGAGAUCUAAGCGGAUGGGUCGCCAUCACCUGA